AUGUGGGUGGCCAUGGGAGUGCUCUGGUGUUUGGCUCUCAGGGAGCUUCCCCAGGCGCUUGGCUCCUGUCCUUCCCAGUGUACCUGUAGCCUGCAUAGCCUCAGCGACGGCACCAAAAACAGGGUGGUCAUAUGCAACGACCCUGAGAUGACCCUCCCUCCCAUGAUGAUCCCAUCGGACACCUCCAAACUCCGCAUAGAGAAGACAGCAAUCAGGAGAGUGCCAGGGGAUACCCUCCAGCAGCUCACUCACCUCGAGUACCUGUGGCUGCCCUAUAACUCCCUGACCAGCGUCAGCUCUAUCAUGCUGCGGGGCCUGCGGAGCCUCCGAGAGCUGCGCCUGCCUGGGAAUCACUUGGUAUCCUUCCCCUGGGGAGCUCUGGGGGAUACUCCCCAGCUGUGUCUGCUCGAUCUGCAUGGGAACCGCCUCUCAGCUGUGUCUGCAGAAGCUGCCCGCUAUGUAAGGAACCUCACCUUCCUGGACCUCUCCAGCAAUCAACUGAUGCGUCUCCCCCAGCAGCUCCUCACCAGCUGGUCUCACCUGCAGGCUGGCCCUUUUUCCUCCAGCGACAACUCCAAGAUCAUCCUGGGUCUGCAGGACAACCCUUGGGUGUGUGAUUGUAGCUUGUAUGAAAUGGUCCAAAUAAUAAACUUCCCAACUCCAAAUAUGGCCUUCAUUGAUCCAAGACUGAAGUGUUUUAGUCCUUGGACCCUGGCUGGAGUUGUCUUCAGCCAACUGGAACUCAAGAAGUGCCAGCGUCCUGAGAUUUACACUUCAGUGGCCAAGGUCAAGACCCUUCUGGGUAGCACUGUGUUCCUGCGCUGUGGGGCCACUGGGAUACCCAGUCCAGAGCUCAGCUGGAGGAGAGCUGAUGGGCAUCGGCUCAAUGGGACAGUACAUCAAGAAGCCUCCAGUGAUGGUGUGAGCUGGUCUCUUCUGGGCUUGCCUGAAGUAUCCUACCAUGACUCUGGAGAGUAUGUCUGCAAAGCCAAAAACUUUUUGGGGGCCACUGAAGCAUUUGUCUCCCUCAUCAUCACUGAAGCCCAGACCACGGCUGAGCCCCAGGGGCCCACGACCAGGCGGUGGCCAGGGAAGGCUGAGGGAGCAGAAGCUGCGGCGUACAAUGAGCUGGUGGCGAGGUACGCCUCUACUACCUCAGGUCUGUCUUCUGUGGUGGCCAGGCCCACACUCCCCAGCUAUGAGAAGAAUCCUGCUCUCCAACAUUUCCACAUGAAUGCCCUGGGAGACCUCCCCAUGGGGAGCCUGGAGGCUGAGCAGGCUGAUCGGGCCAAAGACCUGCCAUCGAGUCAGCUGGAACCAGACCAGAUGGUGAGAUCAGUUAAAGUGGUGGGGGACACUUACCACAGUGUAACCUUGGUGUGGAAAGCCCCCCAGGCUGCAAAUACCACCGUGUUCAGUGUGCUCUAUGCCAUCUUUGGGGAGAAGGAUAUGAGGAGGGUCAAUGUAGACCCCGGGAAAACCAAGAUCACCAUUGAGGGUCUUAUGCCCAAAACCAAGUACAUAGCUUGUGUCUGUGUGCGUGGCCUGGUCCCCAAGAAGGAGCAGUGUGUUAUUUUCUCCACAAAUGAGGUGGUUGAUGCUGAAGGCACCCAGAGACUCAUCAACAUUGUGGUGAUUAGCAUAGCGGGGAUCAUUGCCGUGCCCCUGACUCUUCUUGUCUGUUGUGGAUCCCUAAAGAGGCGUUACCAGAAGUUCCGGCUGAGGAAGAACGAGGAGACCCAGGGUUCCUAUGUCACAUUUGAGAGACUGGGUCCCGGCGAAGAUGCUGUGGAGGACUCGGCAAGGGACAGCCCCGAGGAAGGAGACAGGCUGCUCUCGUCACGCUCUAGUGUGGAUUCGCCUGCAGCAUCCAAGGUAGAAGGCCCAGCCAAUGAGUACUUCUGCUAGGAGAAGCUCCGGGGCUCCCUGGUGGCUUAUACAAACACUCCUGUGCAUACACUUGUGUUUACAGACUCACACCCAACUAUUCGUCCUAUCCAAAUAAGCAGCACUUACACACCGUGGCAUUUUCCUUUGCUUCCCGUGUCACCUUUACUUCUUGUGCUCACACACAAAUUCCACUUGUUGUACUUACUGAGUAUUUUUUCCUUGCAGAUCAUCUUUUAAGUUCCAACAGAUCCCAAGAGGUUUUGGUAAAGCUCAUGAGAAACUAACUCUUGACUUGGAAAAUAUUAAGUCUAGAGAGGACCUUGGGAGGAUAUUAAGUCUACCCUCUGGCCUUAUAACCGACUCACAUUAAGUUUUAGAUAAAAAUUUCUUUUUUUAAAGAAAAUUCCACAGUCUCCCUUGGUGGCCCUCUCCAUUGUUUAUAAGGGCAUUUUCAGUGUAAACAAAUGCUCUCUGAUAUCUAAUCUGAAUCCAACACGUGUGGCACUGUAAGCCCAUUUCUUCUUGCAUCUGCCUUGAACACGGAGAACAGCUGAUUGCAACUUUCAGUCUAAUAACUUUUAUAUCUGCUGGCAUGGGUGAGCCUGAUGUCCGUUAGGUUAGCCACCCUCCAAGCUCAGCUGCAAGGCUCGUGGUUUCCAUGUGACUUGGAGUGGUGGUUCACUGAUGGCAAAGUAAUUUAUAAGCUCACCUCACACAGAAGUGACCUUGUCCUAGUUAUACAGACUAAUGUGCUGUGUGAGACAUAAGCCCAGGGUAGAGCCUUUGAGCGACACCCAGAAAAAUGAUCAGACAUCUGGGGAAACCAAAAAAGCCAUUCUUUAUUCUUAAGUGUCAAAUAAAGCCACUUUAUGCAGGGCAUUGAACUUUCUGCUGAGGUUAAUGAUUCUUUAUUUGAAUAGUACUUUUCAAUAAACAAGGGCUCCUUCAUCAGCAUUAAA